GUUUGUGUCUGGAGCCGUAGUGGGAAGCGGAGACUUAUUGCGAAGGGAUUUUCUUGGGAUGUGAGCUGAUUUCGUGCCUUCAUUUUGGAUGCACACUUCGCUUUAACCCCUGCAGCCUUCGGACCGAGCCCCGCACGCCUUGUGUCCCCCGGAGAUUCUCAGAUCUCGGAGGACCCGGGACGCGAGCCCUUGGCGGUUGUCGCUCAGGCAGGGGAGCGAACGUCGCCUGCCCAAGUGCAGAAGCAAGCUACACGCGCACGCGCGCGCACGCGCACGCACACGCACACGCGGAGAGCGGCGUCUCGCCACCCGGGUGGCCCGCGGCCCCCUCCUGCGCUCGGCAUCCUCGGCCCUGCGCGGCUCGCACCGCCAUGGAGGUGCUGGAGAGCGGGGAGCAGAGCGUCCUGCAGUGGGACCGCAAGCUGAGCGAGCUGUCAGAGCCCGGGGACACCGAGGCCCUCAUGUACCAUACGCACUUCUCAGAACUUCUGGAUGAGUUUUCCCAGAACGUCUUGGGUCAGCUCCUGAAUGACCCUUUCCUCUCAGAGAAGAGCGUGUCUAUGGAGGUGGAGCCAUCCCCAACAUCCCCAGCACCUCUCAUCCAAGCUGAGCACAGCUAUUCCCUGUGUGAGGAGCCCCGGGCCCAGUCACCAUUCACUCAUGUGGCCACCAGUGACAGCUUCAAUGAUGAGGAGGUAGAAAGUGAGAAGUGGUACCUGUCAACGGACUUUCCUUCAGCAACCAUCAAGACAGAGCCGAUCACCGAGGAGCCACCCCCAGGACUUGUUCCUUCUGUCACUUUGACCAUCACAGCCAUUUCCACCCCUUUUGAAAAGGAAGAACCCAUCCUGGAAAUGAAUACUGGGGUUGACUCUUCGUGCCACACCGAGACCAUUAUACCUAGGAUUAAGCUGGAGCCCCAUGAAGUGGAUCAGUUCCUAAACUUCUCUCCUAAAGAAGCCUCCGUGGACCACCUGCACUUACCACCAACCCCUCCCAGCAGUCACAGCAGUGACUCUGAGGGCAGCCUGAGCCCCAACCCACGCCUGCACCCCUUUGGCCUGCCUCAGACCCACAGUCCUGCCAGAGCUGUGCCCCGGGCCCCCUCCGCCCUGUCCACUUCUCCUCUCCUCACAGCUCCUCAUAAACUGCAGGGAUCUGGCCCAUUGGUCCUGACAGAGGAGGAGAAGAGGACCCUGAUUGCUGAGGGCUAUCCAAUCCCCACCAAAUUGCCCUUAACGAAAUCUGAGGAGAAAGCCCUGAAGAAAAUCCGGAGAAAAAUCAAGAACAAGAUUUCUGCUCAGGAGAGUAGGAGAAAGAAGAAAGAAUACAUGGACAGCCUGGAGAAAAAAGUGGAGUCUUGUUCAACUGAGAACCUGGAGCUUCGGAAGAAAGUGGAGAUUCUGGAGAACACCAAUAGGACUCUCCUUCAGCAACUCCAGAAGCUUCAGACUUUGGUGAUGGGGAAGGUUUCUCGCACCUGCAAGUUAGCCGGCACGCAGACAGGCACCUGCCUCAUGGUUGUUGUGUUGUGCUUUGCUGUUGCAUUUGGCAGCUUCUUUCAGGGCUACGGGCCCUAUCCUUCUGCCACCAAGAUGGCUCUGCCCAGCCAGCAUUCCCUGCAGGAGCCAUACACAGCCUCCGUCGUGAGAUCCAGGAACCUGCUGAUCUAUGAGGAGCAUUCUCCCCUGGAGGAGCCACCCACCUCAACCUCAGCUGGGGAGCUUGGAGGCUGGGAAAGAGGCUCUUCCCUGCUCAGGGCCUCAGGGCUGGAGUCUCUGCCGGAUGUGGAUCUUCCUCAUUUCAUUAUCUCAAAUGAGACUAGCUUGGAGAAAUCAGUGCUGUUGGAGCUGCAGCAGCACUUGGUCAGUGCCAAACUGGAGGGGAAUGAAACACUUCAAGUUGUAGAACUCGACCGAAGGGUGAACACCACCUUCUAAGGAGGCUGUCUCCACCCUCCAUCUUCCCUUAACUCUACCUUUACACCCCAAAACCACCUUUGUCAUAAGCUUUUCCUCUUGGCCACUGGAUCUUGAGGACAUGGACUAGAGUUAGAGGCUUGGGAUGAGAGGCCAGCCUGGAGUUUCUGCUUGUAUGUCUGUCACUCCAUGCAGAAGGGAGCUGGCAUGUCUCCCUCCCUUUCUCUUAUUGCCAUAGGAAAUUAUUUUGGGGGUAGGUGGGAGUAGGACAAGCAGGCUUGUUUCCACCCAUCAUGCCAAAAGAUUCUCCCCCAUGAGGUGUGACCCCUCUUUGAAGAAGAGAUGAUUCUUGUUCAGUUGAGACCCUAGACUCUAGCCCAGAAAAUGCCAUGGUACCUGCUGGGAUUUGGCAAAGCACUGACUCUUGUUCUCCCUUGUUCACACCAGGUCUCUAGUGUAAAGGCUUCCGUCAACCCUGGAUAUGCCAGGGCAUAAUACCAGUACCCUCCCUCCACUCUGCCUUCUAGAGCCCCCACUGGACUGCCUUACACUGGUGCAGGCAGCCUGGGCUCCCAUGGUAUUCUCAGGCCGCAAGUGCAAUGCCUGAAGGCAUCAGGCUCUUUUCCUCCAGGCCAACCUGCCCAUCAUCUUGCUUAUAGGACCUCUCCCACCUACCUCCCCAUGGAGGACCUUAGUUCUGCCUCCCCUGCUUCUCCUCCCCAUUUGUAAAUAGUAUUUAUUAGCUUGCUGAGGCUCCCCACUGGUAACCACAGUGAAGAGACUCAAUGCCUCCAUCCAAGGUAGCCAAAUCUUCUGUUGGCCUUUGGAGCUAGGAGAGCCCCCUAGGCUUUGGGAUCCCUAAUCUUCCCAGAUGAUUUUUUUCUUCUUUUCGUUUUUUAAAUUGGAGGCCUAUAAAGUAAUUAUUACUGAGGAAUCCCCUUAAACAUGUGUCACCCUAUUGGAUGGACUCAGAGGGAAUGAUGGAGCAACGCCUUGCUCAGACCCAUGGCUCUGGCCCAUUGCUUUCUAGUUCCCACAACAGAGAAGGGAAGCCUGUCCCCAAUCACAGGCAUUGUUGAAAACCAUUCCUACCAGGCGCUCCUCCCUGGCCUCCCUCCUUGCCUUCCCUCUGCCUGCUUCAAUUAAGGGGGCAGGAGUCAGUGAUGUUUGUGUGUCCAUAUUCUUACCUUUUGCAUACAGUCAGGUUUGGCUACUUUACAGCUCACCCAAAGAGACAACCUAACCUCCAACCUACUUUUAUUUUUUUUAAUGGUUAAAAAUAACUUUUGUAGUUAAAAAAACUUUCCUCUUUCAUACAAAUAAGAGAUGGAAAUUGCCUUUUUAUUGUAUAAGAUAGAAAACUCUCCUUAUGUAUUUUUUUCCUAGCUUGUAAAAAGAUUUUGUGUAGGAAAUGUGCUUACAUUUUGUAUUUUGUUUUUAGUAGCAGCUGAAGGGCCUUUAGCUUUGGCUUUUCUCUCUCUCUCUCUCUCUCUCUCUCUCUCUCUCUCUCUCUCUCUCUCUCUCUCUCCUCUUUCUCUCUGUCUCUCACACACACACAUGCACGCGCACGCGUGCAUACAUCAUCAUCUGUGUGGUCAUUGGAGCCUGCAUUAAGAGGAAUUAUGCCCACACCAAGCCUUCCAUUCCAUAUCAGAUACAGGAUUUGUUGUCAUUAGCAUUUGCCAUAUUGCCUUAUAAGCAGCUCCCUCCUUUGUCUGCCUGGGUCCCUUUGGGGUCCCUUUGGGAGUGAUCCCUCUCCCCUAUGUGAAAGAGAGGGUUCCAUUCUAGGAGACAACCAAGCUCACCUUGCAGUGUGUGAGAGCCACAUCGGGAGCACUGUUGUCCUAACAGCCCUGCUAUCUGCAUUGUUCUUGAUGUUCCUUUCCAGGGCCAGAUUGGGCUCAGGUUCCUGGACUGUGAGACUGAGGAAUGGCUAGCAAUCUCUGCUUCUGCUUCCCUUUGCUCCUCUCUCUCUGGUUUUUGAUCCUCCUGGGCCUGACCUGUGUCUAGUAACCAUUGGUCACAGAUGACCCAUCACUUUCUUUAAAAUGCCAAGCCCUUAUCACACAUAGGCAGCCUGCAGGGCACUAAGAUUAAGUAGAAUUUGGGUGAAGAAAAAGGAAGGGUUCAUAUUGAAGGGCAGAAGUGAGAUAAUGGGCCAGCCCAUCUGUUCACUGCAGCUGACCAAAUGGGUUUUUAGGGCACUUCGAGAUAGCCAAGGUGGAAAACCCACUGUUCUGCUUCAGGAGGGAGAAGAAAAUGGAGACUUCUUGUCCUCAUCCUUAGUACUUUGAAGAGUGUAUUUUCUUCCCUACCUACCUGCCUUUGCUGGACAUCACUCUCUCCAAACAGCAGGACAUUUUCUCUGGGAAACUCUCCUUCCAGCACAGAAUGUAUAACUAGAGACAUGGGACAUUAGCCAGAGAGCUCAUAUGGCCCUUUAAGGGGACUUCCAAGAGCCAACAUUGCUAUUCUAAGGAGAAAAACCUCUGCCCGCCACUCCUGGCUUGAGUGAGAAAUGGGAGUGAAGCAAUGCUCCCUCCCAGGAGGUCACAGAAGAGUCACAUAACUCCAGAUUGGUUCCAAGUAAUUAUGGAUGAUGUGUGCAUGCUUUCUGGUCAAGGGUUAAAGCCCAGAAUAUCAGUAGAUUUGUUUUCUUCACCUGCAGACCAGUCAAUAAUUCAUUUUUAGCUCUGACGAUUUCAAAUAGUGGCAGACAUUGGUGCCUGAACUUAAGUUUUGAGAAAUACAAGACCAUUAGAGAAACCAGAAGCUAUAACAAUAAAUCUGCCCGUUAUAUUUUGCCAUUAUGUAAACCGGUUUUCCCUUUCUUUGAUUACACUAGUGAAGGAGAUGUCUUGCAAAGAUUCAGACCAAGUUAUUUUCCCCUGGAUGAGACCUGAGUAACCCAGCUCCCCACCUCAGCAUGUUUCUUUUCACAACUCUUAACUUUGCACUGAGAAAUGGAUCCUGUAAAUGAGAGGCCUCAGUGCCAGCAUUAAGAAGGAAUCUCUGUGAAUUGCUAGGACUCUGCAGUCUGUCUAGCUCACAGAAAGAGAGUGUUCUAUAAAAAUCUGACAGCUGAACUAAGUCGCUCCUUUCUGGCAGGAGGUGGGGGUGGGAUUUGACAUCAGCGUAGGAAAAAUUAGAUAACCUUUUGGUUAAUAUGAGUGAUUUUGAUUUGGAGGCCUAAUUUGAGGAUUGAAAGCACAGCUUUCAGUUCAGUCUAUUUACAAACCAACUAUAAUUGCUAGAUUUUGUUUUUUGUACUCAUCUUGGUUCAGCUUAGAUGCCAAAAGGUGGCUGUGAAUCUUAUAUGCCCAUAGAAUAAGAAUAUUGAACUGAUUCUUCUUUAUUCUGACUCUUAGUCAGUGUCCAACAUUUUUGUCACCUGUGUUUUAUUAAAAAAUUUUUUCUAGCAUUUCAUAGUCCCUCCCUUCCGUGUGCUCAGACCAAGAAAAAGCAGAAAGGUGGAAUCAGAGGACUCUGCAGGGCAGCUUCUCUGGACACACAUGUCUUGUACACAUGGGUGCUCUGUCCAGAAGUGAGACAUCCAUCCCCAGUUUGGGAAUGCCCAUCUGUGCUUGCCUUGCCAACCUGACCUCAUGGAAUGGAAGAGACUCCCCUCAUCUGCCCCAUCCACUAAGUUGUAUCUGUUGAGUCAAGUCCUCGAGAAACCUGGGUAAGAGACCUCAGCAUCCCUGCAUUCAACUUGGCAGGACCUGCAAAGCCAUUAAAAGGUGGUGCCCCAGUGAGAGUCUCUUUAUUUGAAGAUUUCAGCUGAGACAGCAGAGGUGUGAUACAGUGAGCUCCCCAGGGGGGCAGUGAUAUGAGAGAUUGGGAGGAGGGGCAGUGAAAUGAGGACUGGGAAGGAGCCAGAAACAAAUUUCAGAUCAUUCAUUCAGUCAGACCUUGGGCUUUUCAGUUUUACUAAGGAAGAGUGCUGCCUGAAGCUCAGGGAAAUGUUGGGGAGUAAGAGGGACUGAGGAAACCUCUGUUAAUCAGUAGCUCUUCAAAAGCCCCAAGUGCUAGCUCUCUCUCUCUCUCUCUGUGUCUCUCUCUCUGUUUCUCUCACAUAUACAUUCCUCUUAGGUACUUCUUCGUGCCUCAAAUGUGCCUUAUAUAUGAAUCCAGGAUGAGUGAAGAACCCCUUGUCCCUGGGAGAUGUUUGUGUGUGUGUGUGUGUGUGUGUGUGUGUGUGUGUUGAAGUGAGUAUGGGGAAAGCUUUUUCCAAAGGCUUGCAAGUGGUUUCCUAAAAGUGAGCCACUAUUACAUUUGCACAUCAGGGGAAAAGAAAUAGGGUUAAAUCCAUUAGAAAAAUUCCAUUUAGUAGAAGAGCAAUCACAUCACAAAAAUGGUCAGCUGGGAUUAAAGGUAUUCUAAAUCCUCGCUGCAGAGCAUUUUCUAAGUGCGAGGGAACUUGCCCCAUUUGCAGAUUAAUGCUUCUUACCUCUGGGUGAAGGGGUCAGUGCUUACCACAGGGGAAAACAACUCCCUGUUGUAUUAUUUGGGGACCAUGUAAAAUUCAGGAAUGCCUUGUUUUGUCUUGGUUUCUAGAAGGAAGAGAAGUAAUAUUUCUUAAGUAUUUACUAAGGUGUUGGGUAUAAGUAAGUCUUUUAAUGUGAUAGGUAAUGUGAAAGGUAAAUAGUGUUGACUCUAUCGUUACAAAGAACUAAGUGAUUCAGGACGUGCAGUAAUUUGUGGACUAGGUCGAGCAGACUCUUCUGAGGACACACAGCUAACUUUUUCAGGCUUUCUGGGCAGGAAACAGCUUCUGCCUACUGCGAUGGCCCUGCUAUGCAGUGUUCUCAGUUCUUUGCCUCCCAGAUGUCAGCCUCCACCCAAUCAUCUGUGAGCUGCAGCUAGCAGAUUUUGCUUGUGGGAAAAUGGACCCAGGGGCCCAGGCUCCAUUUCUUUGCUCUCAUUCCAUUCUUUGCUCAGCAACUGGGUAGAAACAUGAGCUUUUUCACCCUUGGCCUAUACUGCUUAGAAAAUCUCCCUUUCAGAUAAAGUGCUUCAUGAGUCUGGAAAGUGCCAGCACUCUGUGACACUCUGUGAGUGGCCCUUUCCACACAGUGGUGAGCAGAACCUGGACUGCAAUCAUCGUGAGCUUUAAUGUCUGUGCUGACAGCCAGGCUUUCCUCUCUGGUAACAUGCUAUAUAGAUCCACAGUGUUUAAAUCUAAGUACAUUGUGAGUCUAUUAUCUGUCCUAGUGCCAUGUUUUUAUGACCUUUUAUUCUUUAUUAUAGCUAAGUAAAUACCAAAAAAAGGCUUUGUAGAAUACUUGUACUUAUUUUAAAAAAAAUAAAUUGA